CGCCGAGCGCAAGAGUGCAGGCAGGGCGAAGCGAGCGAGCGCGUCGUGUCCUCGUAUCGUUCAGUUGGAUAGGCGCGUUUGCACGGCGUUCCUCGGUGAUAUCGCUGCCAUUCGCGGGAACGUCUCGGUCUCGUCUCGUCGCGGCGCCGCGCCGCAUCGCAUCGCAUCGUGAACAGUACAACUGUGCGCGUGUGUGACGUGUGUCCGAUACUCGGAUUGUUCCUUUUAACGUCUCUCGCGAGGGAUAGUGGACGUUGGAGGAUCGACAGGUAAAUCGCGGAGGUGGGGGACUAGGGACACGAUGAGAGACGCGUGUGAAAAUAGUGUGUAGUGACCGUUGAAGCGCCGAAGGCACGCGGGGCCACAAGGUGGACACAGAGCGAGGACAACAAAGAGGAAGAGGAUAGAGUGGUGAAGGACGCGCUACAGACGCUGGACCGCCGCCAUUGGAGGUGGGGGUGGACUCGGGGACCGUUGACGAUGCUGGCUACCGUCGCGCGGCGGUCCGGGGCGAGGCCCCGGCUGUCCGUGUCGCCCGCUUUCCUUGCACGCGUCUUCUUACCGCUGCUGCUGCUCUGCGGAACUUUCGCGUCUGGAACGAGAUUGAGGCACUCGAGACACCUGGACGUGAGAUCGCAGUUCCUGGCCGAGGGUGAAUUAUCGCUCGAUGAAAAUCACAACCACAAGCCAGUGUUCUCCAAUUGCUCGAAUUACGCGCCGGUGGUGAAGGAGGAGGAACCAACUGGCACAGUGGUGAUCCAGGUGCACGCCGAGGAUAGGGAUCCACCGGAGGAAGGAGGUACCAUUACAUACAGCUUUGUAACUGCACCUGACGAGAAGUUAAAAUUCGCAAUCGACAACACGACUGGUCUCAUCAAAACGCUCCAGAUACUCGAUAGGGACGAACCCGCGAAAGAAAAGGAAUUUUAUCUUACUGUUCUCGCAACCGACAAUGGAAGGCCACAGCUGGAUGACGUGUGUACAUUUAAAGUCACCAUCGAAGACGUCAAUGACAAUCCACCUGCCUUCGACAAAGUGGUCUAUCGUGGAUACGUAUGGAAGGCAUACACAGAAUCCGUGCCGCAAGACUUACCUGUGGGUCGCGAGGUCAUGCGAGUUUCCGCCGCUGAUAUCGACGAUGGCAACAAUUCCGUCGUACGGUAUAGUCUACAAUCUAAGAGAUCGGAUGAUGCUGUGUACUUUCGAAUCGAUCCGGAGUCUGGGGUCAUAUUCCUCAAUAAAGCUAUAGACCGGAAUCCAAAUUAUAAAUUCAGUAUGACGGCUAUCGCCGUGGAUCUUGGCGAGAACUCGCAACCCGUUCCCAUUGAUCUUGACAUACGCGUUGUGGAAUCGCAUAAGAAGGCGCCAGCUUUUCUACCGAGGUCAGCGGAGCCAAUCAGACUUAAGGAAAAUUUUAGCGAUUUCGACGCCAGCAUUGUCCGCUUGAAAGCAGUCUCCAACAUCGAUAAUUCCAAUAGUUUGGACAAUUCGACUCUAGUCUUUGAGCUCGUGAUUGGCAGAACGGAACAAACUAAUAAAAAGAACACCUUUAGAUUGGAAUCUAAUAAAGAUGUAGCAGAUAUAAAGUUGUCUCACCAUCUUGAUUACGAGAGUAACACGCAGUACUCUUUAAUAGUUAGAGUACAAAAUAAGUAUUCGUUAGCUGCCGAAACAGUAGUCGAUAUCGAGGUUCUAGAUGUAAAUGACAACAUUCCAGUCUUCCGUGACAUUAAACGCGGAAGAGUGUUAGAAAACGAGCCCCGAGGAGUCCCUGUGAUGCAAGUGCGAGCCAUUGACGCUGAUGGAACUUCCGCUAAUAAUCAGGUCAGCUACGAGUUGGAUAACUUCAAGGAUCUCUUUGCCAUCGACCCGCAAACUGGUAAUAUUACAACGUUAGUGACUUUCGACAGAGAAGUUGAAGAUAUCUACAACGUGAAAAUAAUAGCAACGGAUAAUUCUCCGAGCGCAUUGUUCAAAUCCGGCGAGCACAAUAAAGGAGAACAGGUGUUUCAAAUAGAAAUCGCUGAUAAGAACGACAAUCCACCUCGCUUCACCAGAAAAGUUUACACCCACAAUUCAGUUCUCGAAAACGCCAACAUUAAUGAGCCCGUAACCGAAGUCAAAGCCAUCGAUUCCGAUACGGCGAGUCCUGUUACUUACAGCAUCAUAGCGGGAAACAAGAACAACAGCUUCUACAUUGAAGCUACAACGGGAAAGAUUCGCGUGAACAAGCAGCUCGAUUACGAAAAAAUUACCAAGUACAACCUGACUGUGAGAGCAUUUGACGGUGUGUUUAACGACACGGCGGAAGUUGAGAUUUUUGUCGAAAACGUUAAUGACAAUCCGCCGAUCUUCAAAGAAUUCAACAGAAAUCCGACGAUACAGGAAGAAAGAUUAGUGGAAGGAUGUAUCACUGUUGUGUCGGCAUACGAUCCUGAUAUUGAAGAUAGGAAUGCCGAUCAGCAUAUCGUCUACUCUAUUGUCAAGGAAGAACAAUUAGCCUACGUAUCAGUCGACAAUACUGGCUGUCUGAAAUUGAAAAAGCCAUUAGAUCGUGACCAACCGAACGGUUUUGCAAUGUGGACUUUUAUGAUAAUGGCGAGAGACGAGGAUGGUUCAGCCUCAGCUCUUCGAGAACUGGCGAUGGUUAAUGUCACCCUUAUAGAUAUAAACGACAACGCACCAUUUCUGGACAUGCAUCCAGUUAUUUGGGAUGAAAAUAAACCACCUGGUAGAAUAACCGAGCUGAAGGCACGAGAUUAUGACUCCGACGAGAAUGGUCCGCCAUUCGAGUUCAGAAUCGACGAUUCUGCGGACAGUGAAAUCAGAAAUAAAUUUGACAUACGCGAGAAUAAUUUAUAUGCACGAGUAACGUUUGAUCGAGAACUCCGAAAGAGUUAUAACAUACCGAUCGCAAUCACGGACAGUGGUAGUCCGCCUAUGACGGGUACCUCGACGCUCACUGUUAUUAUAGGCGACGUGAAUGACAAUCCUAUGCGUGAGGGCUCGAGUUCUAUAUUUGUUUACAAUUAUAAAGGAGAAUCUCCUGACACGGAAAUUGGACGCGUUUAUGUUAACGAUCCUGAUGAUUGGGACCUGCCGGACAAAUCUUUUGCUUGGGCCUCUCCUCACGACGGAUUCUCUCUUAAUAAGAGUACCGGCAUGAUCACAUUACUAUCGGGGACGUCAAACGACACCUUCGUGUUGAAGUUUAUCGUUACGGAAAAAGGCAAAAUUAUUUCAUCGCAUCAAGUACACGCUUACGUAAACGUCACUGUCAAGGAACUUCCCGAAGAAGCUGUUGAGAGAUCCGGUUCCGUUCGAUUUUAUGGAAUCACGGCAGAGCAAUUCGUGGAACCCGAUGAAUCUGGCGUCAGUAAAAAGGAAAUAUUCCAAGAGAAAUUGGCAACCAUGUUAAAUAUAUCGAUUGAGAAUGUCGAUGUGUUUACUGUACUUCAUUCACCGCAUCAUGUUGCUACCAAUAAAAGCUUGCUGGAUGUCCGAUUUUCAGCACAUGGUAGUCCAUAUUAUGCUCCCGAGAAGUUGAAUACGAUUAUAGCGCAACAUACGAAGGAAAUCGAACGAGAGAUGAAAGCGGAUAUCUUGUUGACGAACAUUGACGAAUGUCUAUUUGAAAAACUUCACUGCAACAAUUCCUGUCGCAAUUUCUUAAAUGCAAGUACUGUUCCAUAUGCCGUUUAUACUAAUACCAGCUCGUUUGUCGGUGUUAGAGCAGUCGUAGAUCCGCAGUGUACUUGCCAUGUGGCGGAACCUAUUGUCUGUUUGAACGGUGGUACACCUCUGGCAGAACGAUGCGAAUGUCCGCCUGGUUUGGAAGGGCCGAGAUGCGAACUGUUGGGCAUUGGCUUUCAUGGAGAUGGUUGGGCUAUAAUGCCACCGCCGGGGCAAGCUUGCGACGACUCACAUUUAGGAUUGGAGAUAACGCCACACGUGGAUAAUGGUCUUGUAUUUUAUUUCGGUCCUAUAACUUAUAAUUCGAAACUUGGAAUUCAGGACUUUAUGUCUCUGGAACUUCAACAUGGUUUCGCCGUGUUAUACAUUGACUACGGAACGGGAACUGUAAGGCUGGAUCAAAAACAAAUCAAAUUGACGGACGGCAAGAGUCAUAGAAUAGACAUUUACUGGAAGAAAACUUCCAUAGAGAUGAUAGUUGAUAAGUGCGGCAUAUCCGCAUGUAUGAGUCUUACUGCGCCGCAAGGCACCAACGAAUUUUUAAAUGUUAACAGUCCAAUGCAAAUAGGUGGUACACUGUCUAAUUUAGUACACUUAGCAGCGAACUUAGGAUGGGAUUAUAAACCAACUGACAAAGGAUUUGUUGGUUGUAUACGUAAUAUGACAUUCAACGGAAAUACAUACAAUCUAGGAAUGCCAUCGUUGUCUAGAAACGCAGAUCCUGGCUGCGAUCAUGGCAUGGCAAAAGCAAUCUCAUUUGGAAUUGAUACGAAUUUUAUAGUAGCUAUUUUGGUUUGCGUAUUGAUUUUGUUAAUAUUGCUCGUGGCGGUAGUUGUGCACAGAAGAAAAACGGAUGAUCUGUAUAAAGAUAUGGACGAUAUAAGAGAAAAUAUUAUUAAUUACGAGGACGAAGGAGGUGGUGAAGGUGAUGUACAGGGUUAUGAUUUGAAUGUCUUGAGAGCCAUUUACGAUGCACCACCUAUUGAUUCGAAGAUAGCGCCAGUUGGCCUACAGGGUAGAGGAACCGACGAAGUUCCAGACAUUUGUGGCUUCCUAGAUGGUAAGAAGGAAAGCUGCGAUAAAGAUCCCGAUACAAAUCCAUUCGACGACGUAAGGCAUUACGCUUAUGAGGGAGAAGGCAAUUCUGAAGGCGAUCUGUCGUCAUUAGCUUCCUGCACUGAUGAUGGAGAUCUUAAAUUUAAUUAUCUAUCUAAUUUCGGACCAAGAUUUAGAAAAUUGGCAGAUAUGUAUGGAGAAGAUCCAAGUGACGAGGAAAGUGACGGAGUCGGUGAACGAGAGAGCGAAAGUUGGUGUUGAGUUUUUGCUCUUUCGUUCCUAAAUAAGAACAUCGUAGAUAUAAAAUUUUAAUGCAGAAAAUGCACAUAGUUUGCAGAUUCGCUCCUGAUUGUAUGGCCAUGUAAUUAGGAGCAUAUAUGCCGCGCAGAAUUUACACUGUACAGGUUUGUGCGCUUUCACAGCCCCAUCCAAUUAAUUGGAAAGAAACGAGGCUUCAUUGUACUUAAAUGAAAUACGGUCUCAAUCACCGAUUACUCUAGUUUAACGGUUCAAGAGACAAAGAAUGAAUGAUGCGCCAUCCUAUCAACGCAAUGUGUAAUUAAUGUGCGUGGUUUACUAGUGAACGGAAUAAACUUUAUGAUUAUCAUGAAUGACUAUACGGAUGCUAUAUGAAUUUCGUUUAUUCGGGAAAGUGAUGCGUAUCUUAUACUGACCCUUAAAAUGAAUUUUUAUAUCGUGUCGAUAAAACCUAGCGCGUUUAAACUUUUACACUAGAAGUGAUAUAUGUGUAUAAGUGGGACGAAAGAAAAUAGUGCGUUCACUGUACGUUGCAUGGAUAUGAACAUUAAAAAUUCUGGAUUAUCGUGUUCUCGUAUGUAUUUCAACGUUGGACAAUCGACAUUUCCAUGCAUCUCCUUCCUUUUUUUUUAACUUAAUUACUCAAACAUAAUUAUGAUAUAUUACAUUUUGACAAAUUAUAAUAAGCGAUGCUCCAUUAGUUAGAGAUAUCAGGACAGCGGCAUAAAUGUUAUGUAAUAACGGCUUAAUACUUCGUCGAUUACUCUGUAUUUGGAGAUUACUCUUAUUAUUAGGAAAUAAUGUACAGAACUGUUUAAGAAAACUGCCGACAUUUUUGUUAAGAUUUUCGAAAUAAAAAUCAAACAAAACUCA